ACCCCGAACGUUGCUCCCUUGCCCCCAGAGCGCCCCCUAGCUACCACCUCCUUGGCUCCAGACCUAGGUGUCCCUCCCACCCUUCUCCGCCAAAACCUUACUGGAGAAGCGGGAGAACCAGAUGGGGUGUUACGCAAGGGUUGAUGUUUACCUCCCGGGGGCGCCUCCUCCCUCCCUAUAUAGCCUGACGUGGAAGGGAGAUUGGCAGAGACAGACUGGUUGAAGAGAGUGGCGAUCCCAGGAGAGGGCCAGAAAACGUCCGAAAGUUAAUGCGGGAGGCGGAGAGAGGGGCAUCAACGCAACCAGCAGCAGAGGCGCUCAGCCAGCUGCGCGCUCGAAGGCGUUCGCGGGGGUCGCGGAAGGGACGGCGCCCAGGCGCUGGCUCCCCAUGGAGGCGCCGGAGCUACUGGGCCCGGGGCUGGUGGAGCGUCUUGAGCAGCUGGCGACGUGCCCGCUGUGCGGGGGCCCCUUCGAGGACCCGGUGCUCCUGGCGUGUGAGCACAGCUUCUGCCGCGCGUGCCUGGCCCGCUGCUGGGGGACCCCGCCGGCGACGGGCCCCGAGACGCCCCCCACCGCCUGCCCCUGCUGCGGCCUGCCGUGCCCCCGCCGCUGCCUGAGGUCUAAUGUGCGGCUGGCGGUGGAGGUGCGCAUCAGCCGAGGACUGCGGGAGAAGCUGGCCGAGCCCGGGGCCCGCACGGGGAAACGCCGAGGGGGACGCAUCCCCACCAUGGGCUGCCUGGACCAGCAGGGAGAGGAUAUGAGGAAGACAUGGCGAAGAUUUGAUGCCCCAACGCCCAGGUCAUCUAACUCAGAGGACGAGCUCCCGGAAGACUACCCAGUGGUCAAAAAUAUGCUUCACAGACUGACAGCUGACCUGACCCUGGACCCUGGCACCGCACAUCGCCGCCUGCUCAUCUCCGCGGACCGCCGCAGUGUCCGACUGGCCCCACCCGGGACACCGGUGCCCCCCGACGGCCCCGCGCGCUUCGAUCAGCUCCCGGCGGUGCUGGGCGCGCAGGGCUUCGGGGCUGGCCGCCACUGCUGGGAGGUGGAGACCGCGGACGCCGCCUCCGGAGACUCUUCGGGAGAGGAUGAGGACGACGGGGAGAGCCUCUACGCCGUGGGCGCGGCCGGGGAGUCUGUGCGACGCAAGGGCCGAGUAGGGCUGUGCCCCGCCGGGGCCGUGUGGGCCGUGGAGGGUCGCGGCGGCCGCCUGUGGGCGCUCACAGCCCCGGAGCCCACCCUGCUGGGCGGCGCGGGGCCCCCGCCGCGGCGCAUACGCGUGGACCUGGACUGGGAGCGGGGCCGCGUGGCCUUCUACGACGGCCACUCCCUCGACUUGCUCUUCGCCUUCCAGGGCUCCGGCCCCCUGGGGGAGCGCGUCUUCCCGCUGCUGUGCACCCGCGACCCCCGCGCCCCUCUCCGCAUCGUGCCUGCAGAAGGCUGAGAAGCUCGCCCGCAACCCCCAUUCUGGUUUGGCCCGAAUCAAGGCAUGAAAAUCCUUACUCGUUCCAGGGGUCAAGUCCACUCCGUUGCGGGAGAACUGAUAAGCAACCCCCUCCCACUUACGUUGCCUCUCUUCUCCCAGUUAGGAGGACCUCGACCGGCCUCCCAUUUUACACCCAAAGCCGACUCCACCCCAGCCCUCUCCUUCUUAGGAUGCCUCUCCCCAAUGGCUACCCCAGUACCUCCCGACCGAUCCCCCGACCCCUUCUAUCUUAUUCCACCCCAGGCCUGAAGUGGGGAACAGGCUCUGCAAACAGCCCAUACACAGAGGGCCCGCCGGGAAAAUAUUUACCUCCCACUCUUGCCUCUCCUCUCGGCAAAGAAGGACCAGUGCCCUCUCCACAGCUCUGAGGCUUGGGCUUCCCUGCCUCAUUCAUUCUGAGGCUUCUCGCCUACCCACAACAAGAGGCUUGACUCUGGCCUCGGCUUUCGGCCCCUCUGAGAAGCUUACUACUCCCUUUUGGGGAGAGAGGGGCAGGCCAGGUCUAUUCCACCAUGAUGACUUUGUAUGCUUACAGCCUCUUCCCCACUAAGAACCUUCUUAAAACUUCCUCCUGGACCUACUUACAACAAGGAACCAACGGUGCUACCUCUCCUUUGUCAACCUGGAAACGGCUCCCUGACAUCCCUGAUUCACCCUUGUAUAUAGUCCCACAUCUUUCCCCAUAUGUAUAAAUGGGCCCGUAUUUAACACGUUUUGUGAUGUUGGGUUAUUUAUUUUGUGCAUCUGUGGCAAUAAAUGAGAUCUCAGUG